GUUGAACUUGUGCGCGUGCACAUGUGCAUGUGCUGCUUAAGUUGUGUAGGAGUGACUCCCUUGUAUAAAACCUUUCCAAGAGGGCACAGAGACACAGAGCGCAGAGCGAGUGUGGGUUGUUUAGGUUGUUCUUUAUUUUUCCUGAAGACAUCUCUGCAACAACAAAAAAAGGCAAAAAGAGUAGGAAACUUUUCCAGGUCGGACAACCAUGAUGUUUCCCUGCAGCGCUCUGCCGCCUCCUCUAUACCCGGGCUUACUGCGUCCCCCUGUGGCUCUCUCCUUGCCCCUGAACCGGUCACUCCACUCAGGCUUCCUAGUAGAAGAUCUCCUCCGACUAAGCCAGCCUGUCAGCUACAUACAUCGGACUUUCUCUGCCAGAAGUCCCGGGGACAUUCUCCCGCUGAGCGCGGGCCCGGGCGGCCCUCCCCGGGCGUUAGGACCCAGCACAGAGCGGUCUGUUCUUCAGAGCUCCAGCCAGCCGAGCCGCAGUAGCCCCGGCUCUCCGCAGACUGCCUGCCCAGACUCCGGCUACCUUAAGUUCGGCGUCAGUGCGAUACUGGCACCGUCCACACGGAGCGUCCAGAGUCUUCAGACUAAGUCCUUCCCGUUGCCUUUCUUUGAUGGGAGCCUUCAUCCUUUCAUCAGAGCUUCCUAUUUCACAGCGUCCUCCUCUGUGGUCCCUGUCCCGGGAACGUUUUCAUGGCCCCUGGCCCCCAGAGGGAAGCCCAGGAGGGGCAUGCUGCGGCGAGCUGUGUUCUCAGACCUCCAGAGGAAGGCCCUGGAGAGAACUUUCCAGAAGCAGAAAUACAUCAGCAAACCAGAGAGAAAGAAACUUGCUAGUAAACUGGGACUGAAAGAUUCCCAGGUGAAGAUCUGGUUUCAGAACCGCAGGAUGAAAUGGAGGAACUCCAAGGAGAGGGAGCUGCUGUCGACAGGUGGCUGUCGCCAGCAGACCCUCCCCACCAAAACCAACCCCCACCCAGACCUCACGGAUGUAGGCAGCACCCACUGCCACAGGCUGGACAGGAAUGCACCCGCCAGCCAAGUACAGCUGGACAACCAUGGGUCACAUCAUCCCCACCACCACCAUCUCCAUCCUUCCUCUCCGUCAGAGUCCAGCAAACAGUCAGAGCUCUCCGAGUCAGACAGUGAAGAAAUCGCAGUUUCAUAAGACCUUCAUAGAAGAUUCAGACAUCUGAUUACACUCUUGAUUCGUUUUUAUACAGUCCCCUACAAUAAGAUACUGUCAGCAAGGAUGGCAGGACAAAAAGAGGAUUUAUCAAAGAAAACUGGUGAAUGAAAGUGAAUACCAGAAGUGCUUGAAUCUGCUGUGUACAUAGCUGUAUUUUCUCAACCAUUGCCCCUGUGCCAUAUGUCUGUACAGUGUUGUUUAUAUUAUUUGUACUGUAUAUGUAGUUCAGUAUAUCUAUAUACAAUAAAUAAAGUAUACUGAGCUAUUUUAGAUAUUUGUAGAUUGAAAUGUUUAAAAUUCUUAAAUGUACAAAUUGUUCUUUCCAUGCAUAUUUGUAUUCUUUAUAUUUUCUCAAAUAAAUCUUGACAAGUCUCA